GAUAACACUUUGCCAGCUGUGCAGUUUGUACGCAGGUAUUUUAAUUUCACGCCUAGAUUUUCGUAAAGAUGCUUCCCAAGUUAAGAAUAUCUGCAUUUCUGCUUAAGCGCCUCGAGCGUGUCAAGCUGCAGUGCAGCGGUUGUUUAUAUGGCGUGUUCUAUGGCGAUGGCACAUUGUUGCUCUUGAGUUUCAACGUUGAGGCGAGUGUGGGCCAAUUGAACUAUGAGCACAUACAGCACAAAUUUCCAGCCGAACUGGAUCUGUGUGGCUUGGUGAAAUUUGGCGAGUGUAGCGAUACCCAAGCCCAUCUAAAUGAGGUCAUUUCAUCGGUGGAUAUAACAGAUAACCCGAUAUUGCUGCAAUGCCAGCUGGGAACAUUGGUGGGCAUGAAGGCAUCGUUCUUUAUGCACGGCAAACUAGAGGAUGUACCGUACGAGGUGAUGGAAGCAUCACAGCUCUACAACGAUUUCUGUUUUACACGAUUAAAGUGCGGAUUCUUUUUGUAUACCGCACCGACACCGGAAGCCAUUGCCAAGGAGAUGCAUGCGCUACGCAAGCGUGUCGCUGAUGGCAGUCUGGUGUUCAAUGUGUCCGAAACGAAGAUCUAUGUCAGCAGCAACUUUGGGACGCAGCACAAAAGUUUAAAUUGCGAUUCGCGCAUUGAGCAGCUCAUCGCUGAAAUUCCGACACCAGAAGACACUCCAAGUGGCAACAAUAAGAAGAAGGUCACAGCGACUGCCUCGGAGCUGGUUAAGCAUUACGGUGCUGUGGGCUGUGACUACGAUGUGAUUAAUAUUGACGUUUUGCGCUGUCGUUCGCGUGAGCCACCUGCUGGCGAUGCUGCACCGCAUCCAGCGCUCAGUGUUUGCAUCACUAAUGAAGAGACCAGCAAGCAGCAGGUGCCGCUGGAACUGGAGGCAAUGGCCAUACUCUGCAAGAAGACAAAGCUUUUGCGGUUGUAUGAUGUGCUCAUCGAGAGCAUUUGUCGCUCGUUGCGUCUCUUCGAGCAGUGCCUCAGCGAGCGCCUCAACGAACAGGAGCCGACAUCGGAGCUGAAAUUGCUGGCGCCACGCAGUUAUCAUUUCUAUCCGCAGGAAUUCGGACACUUUCUGAGCUGUGCCUACUUGGAGCAGCUGAGCGACGAUGAGCCCAGUGUGCAGGAGAAACGCAAGCGAUUGCAUCGACAAUUUGCAUUGCCCGUUACACGUCCGUACUUCCGGCGUGCCAAUCAGUGUCGCUUCCAGUGCGACAUUGAUGCUUCUGAUGCAUCUACGUGGACGCCGCUGCUUAACACACAUUUGGGUGUACGUCCCAGUGGCGUGAUCGAUGGCAAGGAAUAUCUGGUAAAUGGAAACUAUCACUAUUACCACUAUUUGCAGCAGCAGAUGCAGGACAAGGGCUGGGGCUGUGCCUAUCGCUCGUUGCAGACGAUUUGCUCGUGGUUUCUGCUGCAGGGCUACACGGAGCGUGCGAUACCCACGCAUUUGGAAAUUCAGGAAUAUUUGCACAAAAUCAACGAUAAGCCAGCCUCAUUUGUGGGCUCCUCACAAUGGAUUGGCUCCACGGAGCUGAGCAUGUGUCUGCAGGGUUUUCUCAAUGUGGACUCGAAGAUCCAACAUGUCGCCUCGGGUGGCGAACUCUCAACCAUUGCCUCGGAACUGGCGAUGCAUUUCCAAACCCAGGGCACUCCCGUCAUGAUUGGAGGCGGCGUCCUAGCGCACACAAUUAUUGGAGUUGACUACUGUGUGCAGACGGGGCAGGCAAAGUUCUUGAUACUCGAUCCACAUUACACUGGCGCCGAUGAUUUGGCCACAAUUCAGAUAAAGGGCUGGUGCGGGUGGAAGGGCAUGGACUUUUGGGACAAGAAGAGCUACUAUAAUCUCUGUAUGCCACAGCGCCCGAUUUUAUACUGAACUUUCCAAUGUUUUGCAUUUAAGUACGAUUCAUUUCUGUCAAGCUUUAAUGUUGCAUGUUUCUGUAUGAAUUUAAUAUUAUAUAUGUACUGUAUUUUAUAUAUGUUAAAAAUAACGCGUAUAAACUAGAGCAAUCGGUUUGUA